GACCGAGUCGUCGGCGAGUACAUAAUGUUAAAUGGUACCUAUGAUGUUCACGUUUUUUCUUGGUCUUCCGCUUUAUUAUAUUAUUUAAUUUGAUUAGGUAUUUAAGUUGCUAUUGUCGUUGAAAACCUACAUACCUUACAACUUUUUACAACGUGUGUUUAUUUCGCAGCUAUCGAAAUACUUGAUAAUAUUUAAAAAUGUCCACAAAACCGGUCAAUCAUUUAAACCUAGGUAAGUCAUAUUACACAUUAUUAAUUUUCGAAACUAUCUAUUUAACUGAUUCAUAAUAAAAUAAUGCCUAUCUGUUGCCUCAGUAAAGUUUAAUAUUAUUAUUCACUAUUUUCGUGUUUUUAUGUAGGUAAUUUAAUUUUCGUGCAUCAAAUUUUAAGUAUUCUCUGUUGGCUAUUUUAUUUAUAAAUUAAUUGAAUUUAUACCACAUUUAAAGAACAAUAUUAUAACAAUAGUUUAUUCUCAUCUGAAACCAAAAGAUAAAAUAUUGCUAAUAAUCAAUAUUUCCUUUUUAUGAAUACCUAUUACUUAUUUAUAUCUAUAAUUAUAAGAAUUAAUCUAAUAUAAAUCUAAGUACUUAAACUAUAUUCAACCAUAUGAGUACAUAUUGUUUGUGUUUUGUAAUUCAAUACGUAGUCUUAUCAAUUUUAUUUAUGUAUAUUAAAGGUAUUUUUUUUUACAUUUUUCAGAUCCAGAACAACAAAAGACAUUUGUUCGUUUUCAUAAAUCGCUUCCAGAUGUAAGGUUUUAAAUAAAUAAAUGUAUUUUAAUAUUCAUUCAUAAAUAUUUUUAAUUAAUUUUAACCUUAGGAAUAAAAUGAAUUUAACUUAAUAUAAUACAUUUUUUUUAUUAAUUAAUACUAUCAAUUCUAUAUCUUAUGAUAAAUAAAUAAAUAAAUAAAUAAAUAAAUACAAUUACAGUUUAAUACAUUUUUUUUUAUGUUAUAUUACGUAAUUAAAGAUUGUUCUUACUAAUAUAAAUGUUCGUUGGUUUUGGAAAUCAUUUCGGACUCUGGUUCUCUAUAUUGUUUACCGUCAUUAGUAGCUUUUGAAAAGUGUGACACUUGUUUACUUGUUUUUACUGGCAUGCUUUUUACAUUAUGAUCUGUAGAAUAUGUUGUUUGAUGAUUGUCUUUGUUUAUAUUUACAGUACUCUUUGAUUCAAGAAUUUCGUGUUCUAAUUCACCCAAUUUAUCAAAAACAUUAUUAAAUUUAGGAUUUAUUGGUUGAUCUAUACCAGUGGAAUAUUUUCCUGUAUUAGAAGAAAAUGUUGAAUGUUUAAAAUCUAUAUUUCCAUAAUGUUGUGCUUUGUCUGGUUUAUGUUCUUCAGAAAUACUAGUAAAAUCAAUUGUUUGUUGACCUUGUAAAACUGGGCUUCUUAUUGGUUCACCGUGCAAUGUUUGAUGAUAAUUUUCAACAUAAGUAGGUGAGUGAUCCGAUUUACUUAAAUUGAUAUUUUUUUCCAAUGUUCUGUAUCCUUCAAAUACUACUGCUUGCUGUCCAAAAGGUUCACCAUAAUUAUUAUUUUGCUGGACAGAUGACUCUCUAACAUGUGAUUUUGCUGUAGGUUGUUGUCUUACUGAAUUAUAUUUAUUUUGGUAUGAUGUUUCUAUUUUUUCAAAUUGUCUGAUUGGCAAUUUUGGAGUGUGUAUAUUAUAGUCGAUGUCCACAGAUUCUUGACCUGUUGGAGAUGGUUUUGAAAAAUCUUCUAAAUCUACAGAUUGUUGUCCGAAUUUUUGUGUUUGUGUUGACAUUGACUCUAUAUUUUCAAAUUGUUGUCCUAUUGGCUUUUUUGGUUGUGAUGAAUAAUCAAUAUCAACUGACUUACCACUAAAUGAUUGUUUGUAAAAAUCAUUCAAAUUGACAGAUUGUUGACCAGUCUCGUGUUUCUGAGUAGAUGACUGAAUUUUUCCAAAUGUCUGUGUUGUCGGUGUUUUUGGCGUAAAUGGUUUAACUGAUUGUUGAUUUUGUGAUUGCAAAAUGUAUGCAUUUCCUGUUGGUUGGUUAAAUCCUACAAUUGGUGAAGAAACUCCACUCUCGUCACAAUCGGGUUGGUCAUUUUUAUUGUACCCAAAUGAGUUGGCCUUAUUGUGGUUUAAUGUUUGUGUUGUGUAUUCAUUUUUAAUUUGAGAAUGAUUGGGUCCAUUCAGAUCUGAAGAAUACUUUUUAUUGCUAAAAAAUGUGUUAUAUCCAUUGAAUUUUUCUGAUUCUCCAUACUUAGAUGAUUGUGGUAUAAAUACAUUGCUUUCAGUAGCAGUGUCUUUUAUUAAUUUUGAAGAAGCUCCAAUUCCACUCGAAGANUACUGGUUUUUGAAUGACUGUAGUAGGGUGAGAUCCUGUCACACUAGAAGAUGAAUAUUCUUUUUUGAAACUUUUUGAGUACCCAUUUGGAAGUUGUUUAGUUUCCUCAAAUUCAACAACAUGGGAUUGUUGACCGUUAUCAUUAUUAUUUACUUCUUUUUUCACUUGAGUGACAAUAUUACCAUUCUGGUCUCUGAAUCUUGUUGUGGUCCCCGGUAUAUUGGUCAUACUUUGAGUAGCUGGAGAAUUCAAAUUUGAUUUAAUUGACUCAUAAUCCGUAUUUCCGUAUGUUUUUGAAGGCACUUGAUAAUUUUGAAUAUUUUGUCCAAAUCCACUUGACUCACUAUUGAUUAAUUUUUCACUAUUAUAAUAAAUAUCUGUAUUUACUGGUUUUUGAAUGACUGUAGUAGGGUGAGAUCCUGUCACACUAGAAGAUGAAUAUUCUUUUUUGGAACUUGUUGAGUACCCAUUCGGAAGUUGUUUACUUUCUUGGAAUUCAAAUGUGCGUGAAUUUUGGCUAUUCUCGCUAUUAAAUGAUUCUUUUUUUACCUGUGUAACAAGAUUAUUAUUUUCAUCUCUAAAAGUUACGGCACCUGGUUGGUUUUUUAAAUUUUGAUGGACAGAUUGAAAUGGUUGUAAGUUUGAAUUAAAUUCCUUGAUGCCAUAAUUUGGGUUACUAGUUAAUGCAGAUUCUGAUUGCUGGUAAUUAGAUGAAGUGGUUUUUAAUCCCUGUAAUAUUGGCGUCGCAUUUAUUGAUAGUCCAAAACAUAAAAUCAAAUACAAUUUGCAAACCUGAAACAAUUAAAUAUAUAUUAUUUUUUAAAUAGUCAACAAUAAAUGUUUAAUAUCACUAAAGUUUAUUUUUACUUUAAAUGAUGAUUGCAUUUUUCAAUAAAACUGUAUUUUCUUGUUAAUUUAUAAAUAUUUUUGUUGCACUAUUGAACACUAUUCACAAAAGCCUAUCAGCACUGAAUUCAACUUGGUGAAUGAGUUAAAUAAAAUAAAUGAUUUGGAUUUAUGCAACUCACUAAUAUUUAUAUAUGAUAUAGAAUAAAUACUUGAUAAAUUACAAUUAUGGACUUUGUAGAAAUGGAAAAUCUAUAUUAUUACGAUCAUGAAUUAUUUACAGAUAACCUUAACCCUAUAUUUUUCCCAGAACUAUAUUUCAUACAUAAUCAAUUUCAUUGUUAAUGCAAAUAAGGUGUUUCUUAUUUUAAAUAUCUAAUCAUACACCUAUUGUUUUUAUUUUAAAAAAAAAGUGUAAUUUAUUAAUUUAAAAAUGUUGUACACAUUACUUAUUUAGUAUGGCAAAUUUAUUAAAACCUUUUAAUAUAAUUAAGGUUUUAAAAUUCAUAUUAUUGACCUUUCAUAUUAUAUUUAAUAGUAUUAAUUUUACUCAGCUGUAUUUUUUACAUUUUAUCUGUUCUAUGAUACAGGUAUUUUUAUUCACUAGAUUCCUAAUGUAACAAGAAUGCAUUAUUAUGCAUCAAUAUGUAUGCUUAUUUUUUUUGUGCUGUGAAAAAAACCUCAUUCCAAUGUAUAAUUACAAAAAAAAAAUUUGUAGUAUUUUGAAUCUCUAGCUGGUGCAUUCAAAAUCAUUUUUGAUUUCCAAUAAUUUUCCAUAAUAAAUGGGAAAUCUGGACAAAAAAGUUCUAGAAAAACCAGACACAUUAACACCAAUAUUACAAAAAUGUUGUUUUUUUUACCAAAAACCUUGCUCUAAAAUUCAAGUACAUUAUUCUAUCUAAAAAAAAGUUUCUAGUUUGAAAGUUGUAUUGUGAUUUUUCCCUUUGGUUUUCUUAAAACUCGAGAAAGUUUACAGAAAUAAUGGUUUCAUUAUUUUUAAUUUUCCUUUUUUGUAAGUCGCUUAAUAAAAUAACAGUAGGGACUUCAAAUUUGUAAAGAAUGUUAAUAUUAUAAUGGCCUUAUCUAGACGUGAUAGAAUUAUUGAACUAUUUGCAUGCAUUUAACAUUUUCGAAUUUUUUUUAAAUUUUUAUUUGGAUUUGCUUGAAACAACGUCAUUUCUAUGGAUUUGCUGAGACGCUAAAGCCCAAGAGAAAUAGCCACAUGAUGUCACAAAAUCACACAAUGUGGUGGCAGCCUGUACUUUUAUACAGGAAUUGCCAAUGCAGUAUAGAAUGUUUACUUAUAUUUUUGUUAUAUUCAACUAAAAUGAAGAAUUAAGACAAUUAUCAUAACUCUGUGGGUUUUCAUAAAUGUUGGUGUACAUUUUAACAUUUUAUUACAUCACAAAUAAAUUUCUAUUAUACUAUUUAUGAUAUUAGUAGGUAUGCGUGUUUAUUUACAAAUAUGUUUAAUACAUAUUGUAUUAUUGAAAGAUGAAUCAUUAUCAAUCAAAUUAACUAAAUAUAUUAAUAUAAUAAGUAUAUAAACAAAUAUAAGCCUUUGUACCCUAAUUAAAAAGGAAUUCCCAUUUCUAGUAAUUGUUUUGUCUGUCCGAAAAAAGUUCUAUAUGAUAAAGUAAAAUAUGAUCUUAGUGACCUAGCCUAACAUGAUGCCCUUGUGUUCAUUUAUUAUUAUGCUUACUUUUCAGAAUAUUCUGUACCUAAAUAUGAAGCCUGUAUAUUUAGCCUUUAAAUGUAAUAAUAUAAAACCUUGGUUCCAGUUUUAAAAGAUAAUGCAUAAAAAAAAAAAUGAUAUAUUUACAAAUAUUAAUAAUAACUGAUAAAUGCAUUUGAAUUAAUUAAUAUCUCCUUGAACUUUUGUAUGGGUUUUUUUAUUUUAGAAACCUUUAACGACUGUUCGGUUUUUCAAUCGACAAGAUUAUUACACUGUUCAUGGCCAAGAUGCUACUUUUGCGGCUAAAGAUUUUUACAAAACAAACCAUUUGAUAAAAAACAUUGGAUCGGGUUGGUACAUUAAAUAAUUUUUUGUAUUCAAUAAAAUUAUGUGCCUGUGUCUGCGAUUAUAGCUAAAUGUACUGUAUGCAGAUCAUAUCUGAAAGCCUGGUUUUCAACUUUCAAUUACUGUAUUAGUAUUACUGUAGAUGUUCAUAAAAUUUUAGAUUUGAUUAAGACAUUGGAUUUUCUUUUAAAAUUCUAAUUUACCUUGGUUAGAUGGGUAAAAAAAAUAAAAUAAAUUGAAUUGAAUUAUAAAAAUGUAUUUUUUCUUUAUUAAAAAUACUUGUUAUAACUGUGUCCCAACACAGUUAUUGUUAUUAUUUAACUACACUAAUUUAAUUUUUAUGACGUUCUACUAGUGCUAAUUACAGAUAAAUCUUAAAUAUAACUUAUUUUUAAAGUAAUUAAUUUUAUUCUUUAUGGUAUUAAUUUAGAUAAUGAUAUUUUGGAAACAUUGAUAUUCAAUAAAGCCAACUUUGAAGCGUAUAUAAAACAACUAUUGUUAGUCAAUCAUUACAGAGUAGAAAUAUUUGUCAACAAAGGAGGGAAAUGGGCUUUAGAUUUCAAGGUAUAGAAUUAAUAAUAACUUAUACAUUUCUUUUCAAAAUAUAUCAUAAGUACAAUUUAUUUUAUUUUUUUUUAUAGGGUUCUCCUGGUAAUUUAUCGCAGUUUGAAGAUCUGUUGUUUGGAAAUAUAGAACAAAUUGAAGCAAAUAUAGUUAUUGCUUUAAAGUUAAGCUCAGACUUUAAAAACAACAAGGUAUUUGCAUUAAAAUAAUUGAUAUUGUGGUCUAAUAAAAAGUUAUUAUUAUUAUUAUUUAUUAACCAACCUUAAUAUUUAUUUUAGAUAAUUGGGUUAGGAGCAGUAGAUACUGUAGAACAUAAAUUCCAACUAAGUGAAUUCACUGAUGAUGAAUAUUUUUCACAUACUGAAUCAAUGGUAAUUAAAGUUUCUCCUAAAGAGUGUAUUCUUAUGACAGAUGGUAUCAAUCCCGAUGUAGAACAAUUAAAAAAAGUAGUAGAACGUUGUGGAGUACUUGUAACUAUGAGGAAGAAAUCUGAUUUCAGUACAGAUACAUUGAUACAAGAUUUAAACAAGUUAAUUAUGUUUGAAGAAGGGCAACAACCUAAUGCUCAUACAUUGCCUCAGUUACAACUGGAAAUUUCCUCUGCAGCAAUAGCAGCAGUUAUCAAGUACCUUGAAGUAUGUAAUACUUUAACACUUUACAAAAUGCUUGAUUAGUUUAAAUUGAAUACUGGUUUUUCUGAUAACCAUUAGACUUAAUUAUUAAUUUCUCUAUGAAACUGAUAUUUUUAUAUUAUAUUACAAGCUAUAUAACGUCAGAGCCAUAAUAAUUUUUAUUUAGUUAAGGUAUGCCUAAGAAAAAAUAAAUAUACAUUAUAAUUGCUUGUUUGAAUAGUAUUCUUGUAUUUUUUAAAAAAAAAAAAACCAAACAUUUUAAUUGGACUAGAUGUUAAUACAACUAAGUUUAAAAUAGUUGUCCCAGGAUAAUAGGGACGGGCACCGUCACUGUAUAGGUAAUUUAAUAUAUACCUGUAAGCAACAAUAAACCAUUCUUUAUAUAUAUUGUUGAUAAACCAUUAUAGCCAUUAUUUUAAUUAAACAUUUGGUUUUACCUUUCAAAAUAUUUUGAAAAAUCUAAAAAUUGAUCAAUGUUUAAGAAAAUAUGUUUAUUUCAUUAAUAUAAUUAUUUGAAUUGAAAAAAAAAAAAUUUUUGUAGACAAUUUAAUUGUCAGAAUAAAAUCUACUCUAAAAAGUUAUCAUUUUAAAUUUAUACAAAUUAACUGUAUUAUAUUAAUUAUUAAGGUAAAUAAAACAAUUUUAAUUAUAUUAUAACUUUAUUAAACAAAUAUUAUUUAAUUUCAGUUAUCGUCUGAUUCGGAUAAUCUAAAUCAAUUCACUGUUGAAAAUUUAGGGUAUAAUAAAUUUGUUCAUUUGGAUAGUGCUGGGGUCCAAGCACUUAACCUUUUUUCCAAUACCGGUACUAUGUCAAAACAUGACUCACUUCUUGGAAUUUUUGAUAAAUGUCGCACUCCACAUGGACAUAGGUUAGUUGGGUUUUCUUUAUAAAUAUAAUUCUACCUGCUCUCUAUAUAUAUAAAAAACUUAAUAUUGAAACCAUAAUUUUUAGGUUAUUAGUUCAAUGGAUUAGACAGCCAUUAAGAGAUUUGAAUGAAAUAAAUGAACGUUUGGAUAUUGUUGAAACACUGGUUACUAAUACAGAUAUACGUCAACAACUAUAUGACCAACAUUUACGCACAAUACCCGACCUACAAGCUCUUAUGCGUAAAAUUCAACGCAAAAGAGCUAAUUUACAAGACUGUUAUAGGUAAUGAAUAUAUUCUUUGAUAAAAUAAAAUAAAUUCAUUUGAACAUCGUGUGAUAAUAUAUUUUAGGAUUUAUCAUGCUUUACAAAAGCUUCCAGAUCUUGUGCAAACAUUGAGCAAUUCAGAUGAUAAAACUCUUAAAAGCAUAAUUACUACACCAUUAAAAGAAUUAGUUAAUGAUAUGAAUAAAUAUCAAGCUAUGAUUGAGGAAACAAUAGAUUUUAACCUAGUUGAACGCGGAGAGUUUCUUAUUCAAUCUGGAUUUGAUGAUGAACUUCAAGAAAUGAGAAAUCAAAUGAAUGAAUAUGAAACAAAAAUGAAAUCAAACUUGAAUAAAACCUCUGGAGCACUGGGAAUUUCAGUCAAAUUGGAUUCAAAUUCUCAAUAUGGAUUUUUCUUUAAAGUGGCUUUAAAAGUAAUAUUAUUUGAUUAUGUUUAUUUCUUUAAAAAUAAAUAUCUAUUAUUUUAAAUUUAUUAUUUAGGAUGGUAAAACUGUCUCCAACAAUAAAUCCUACGAAGUUCUCGAUACUACAAAAGGUGGUGGUAUGCGUUUUAGAUCUUUUAAACUUACUGAGCUUAAUACAGAAUACCAAGCAAUAUAUCAAAACUAUUUAGAACAUCAAAAAUCUAUUGUAGUCGAAGUUAUCCAAACAGCUAGUAAUGAAUAAUUUGUAAUAAAUACUACAUGUAACUUUUUAAUGAUAAUUCAUGUUUAUUUGAAAUAAUAGGCAGUUACAGUGCCACCCUAUUAAAUUUAAGCCGAAUACUUGCACAGUUAGACGUUCUAACAAGCUUUGCUAUGCUGGCUGCUAGUUCAUUGCAUCCCUAUGUAAGACCGAUUUUACAUCCUCAAGGUACUGGUUUAUUAGACUUAAAACAAAUGAGGCAUCCAUGUGUUGAACUCCAAGAUUCUGUGUCUUACAUACCUAAUGAUGCGUACUUUGAACAAAGUUAAUAUUUAAUUUUAUUAUUUCUAAAUAUUUAUGCUUUUUUUUUUAUAAUCUCAUUGUGUAAUAAUAUGUAUACAUUUUAUUUAGACAAAUGUACAUUCAAUGUAAUAACAGGCCCAAACAUGGGUGGAAAAAGUACUUAUAUUAGGAGUGUAGCAGUAGCAGUUUUCAUGGCACACGUGGGAAGUUUUGUCCCAUGUGACAGUGCUGAAAUUAGUGUAGUUGAUGCUAUUUUGGCUAGAGUUGGAGCAAAUGAUUCUCAGAUUAAAGGGUUAUCUACAUUCAUGGUUGAAAUGAUUGAGACUGUUUCAAUACUAAAAGUAUGAAACUUAAAAUGUUUAGUACAAAUCAGUAAUAUCUAAUUGUAUAUAAUAUAUUAAACAUGUUUUAUCUAGAAAGCUACAGCAGAUUCUUUAGUGAUAAUCGAUGAGUUAGGUAGAGGUACGUCAACUUAUGAGGGUUGUGGUAUUGCCUGUGCUAUAGCAGAGUGAGUAUACAUUUUUAGUCUAAUUUUAUAUGUAUAGUAACAGCACUACUGCACAACUAAUAAUACAGUUGUCAAUAAUUGUUGAAACCUAAUCUAAUUUAAUCUAAUACUAUUUUGUAGACGGUUGGCAACUGAUACCAAAGCAUUUACAUUGUUUGCAACACAUUUCCAUGAGUUAACAAAACUUUAUGAGACUAUACCAACAAUAUUGAAUAAACAUGUUUCUGCUGUGACUUCAAAUGAUAGUCUAACACUUUUAUAUCAAGUGCAACCAGGUUCAUGUGAUAAGAGUUUUGGUAUUCAUGUUGCUGCUAUGGCCAAAUUUCCGAAAAAUGUUAUUCAAGUACUCGUCUAAUGGCCAUUCAUGUUUUAUUUUCUUAAUAAUUUAUAUAUUAUUUAAAAUUUAUUAGGAUGCUGCAAAAAAACUUGCUUUGUUAGAGAGUUUUGAAACAUCUAAAACAUCGGAAGAACAAAAGGUAACAAAAAUACUGAAGGUAUAAAAACUAUAAUUUUUUGUUUUCAAUUUGCAUAUUUUACAGGAAAUCACUGAAAUUGAUAAAGAAAAAUUUCUUAAUGAAUGCAAACGUUGUGCACAAGAAUGUGCUUCAUCUGAUGAUGAAUUGUUUAACCAUAUUAAAAAACUAAGAACAAAGUUCCUAUAG